AUGGUGUCUCACAAGGUUCUCGCGGCCGUCCUCUUGCUCAACGUCUACAUGGGCGUGCAGUCGGCGCUGUGCUUGUUCGGCGGCGUGCUGCUGUCGGCGCUCUUGGCUCUGGCCUUGGCCUUCCUCAACGGACCGCGGCUGCUGGACUGGGCCAGCUCGCCUCCGCACCUGCAGUUCAACAAGUACGUUCUGACCGGCUACAGGCCCGUGUCGUCGGUCCAGGACUGCAUCCGGAGUCUCUUCUACCUUCACAACGAGCUGGGCAACAUCUACACUCACGGCAUCCCUCUGGUGUGCUUCCUGGUGCUGCUGCCCCUCAACAUCCCCUGGUCCCAGAUCAGCGUGACGUGGCUGGGCGUGGUGCACUUCCUGGCUUGCUUGUCGCCGCAGCUGGGCUCGGUGCUCUACCACCUCUUCAUGAACCACGAGGGCGGCGAGCCGGUCUACCACACGCUGCUCAAGCUGGACGUGUGCGGCAUUUGCAUGAUCAACACGCUGGGGGCGCUGCCAAUCCUGUACAGCACGCUGCUGUGCUACCCGCGGACGCGCACCGCAGCGCUGUGGCUCUACAUCCUGCUGUCGGGCUACGCUAUCUACUGCGCGGUGACGGCGCGCAGUAGCGUGCGCCGGCUGCGGUCCUUCGCUUGGCAGGCGAUCUUCCGCUUUUCCUUCUUCGUUCUGCGCUGGGCAGGCGUGGGCGGCGGUAGUCCCACCUCGCUGCGCCACUUCCUGACCAUGGACGCGUUAGCCGUGCUGGGCGGCGUCAUCAACAUUGCCCGCGUGCCCGAGCGCUUCCGCCCGGGCCUCUUUGACUACUGGUGCAACAGCCACCAGAUCAUGCACGUGCUGGUGGUCAUCUCCAUCCUCUACCUGCACUGGGGGGUCCUGGACGACCUGCUGUGGAUCAACAGCUACCGAUGUCCCUCCGACUGA